AUCCGUACACAAACAAAAAAUAAAUUCAAACAAGCGCGUUGAAGACCAACUUAUUAUACAUAUACAUAUGUAUAGAUAUGUAGCUACAACAACUACAUUCUAAUAUUAUAAACAAAAUCAAUUUAAUUACAAUUUUAUAUUCCCAUAGAAAUGGACGUAGAGGAGACCCAAACCACCUCCAACACCGUAAGGUCCGAAAUCGCUAUACCCAAAGCGUCGGCUGCACCCGUUGCCGCUCCAAGGACCAGGGUUAUGCGACCACCGCCAUCCGCCGAAGCAGUCAGGGAGAUGAGAGAAGAGCAGCUAUUGGAGCCACAGGGGCCUCCAUGUUGCAGCCUGUGCCAUCGCCCACACGCCCUGAAACGAUGCUCCAUUUUUAAGAGCAUGAAGCCCGCUCAACGAAAACAGGUUGCAAGAGCCCAUGGGCAUUGCAUGACCUGCCUGGCAGAUGACCACGCCACCAUAGAGUGCUGGGCCGACGGCGCCUGUCAAUAUUGCCAGAGGCCCCAUCACACUCUAUUCCAUCGUUUUCCGCGCCGAGCCAAUCCGUCGGAAAGUAGCACCAACACACGUACCAGACCACGCAGUGAUGCUAUCCGGCGUCGACGAAGCAGCCAAUCAACCACAACGCGUACACGGCCAUCUCCGCCACGCCACGCUCAUCGUCAGCACCAACGACGCUCAACAGGGUUGAGCGCUGUACUCAGUACACUACAACAGCGGUGUGGAGCAGAAUGUAUGUAG